GUUUGCUUUAAAGUCCAACUCACAGAAAACACACGAAUGUGUUGGAGUUUGUUCUAGUAAAAUUUUAUUAGUUGGUACCUGAAGAACAUCUUGAAGGACCAGGUUUUAGGGGGGAAGUAGACUCAGAAUUAACUAAAAGACUUACAUUUUUAAUUGGUUUUUUUUAAAAUGACAUUUAAUUCAUGAAAAAGGGAUUGCUUCAUGCAGAAGAAAGAUGGUCUCCUGUCAAAAUGUGUGUAAUGUAAUCCCACUGUUCUUAACAGUCAUGACCAAUCCAUAAUCGACUUUGGCGCCCCAAGAGAACUUGACUAAGCUUUAAAGUUCAUGUAAGGCUCAUGAUUUAAAACAUAAAGAUAACAUAGUUGUGUUUUUCUGUGUUUUAGAAAAAAAACAUUUCAUUUUUACUUGAGGAGGCAACAUAAGACUUUGACUCUCCUCCCUCACUCUCUGUUCAUUUGAAAUGAGUCCUUAAGGCCAAAUGAGCAUUUCAAAGAAAUAACUCCCAGUUUAUUCACUAUAAUCACCUUCUAAAGCUAUUUAUAGCACAAUAUAAUUGUCUCUUUUCGUAUUACCAACAGUAACGCAGGAAAACAUGUUAGAGGCCAUAAAAGACUUGAGAUUGGGGUGGAAGUUUACUUUCCAGCAGAACAAUGACCCUUGAUUUAAAACAUACUCCUAAAAUCCUAAAUCAAGUCAAUGAUCUGUGUUAAGGUGUGGUGUGUGGUGUAGAUGCGCUGAACAAGCUGUUAGAGGCUAAUGGUCUUCAGCUCAGCCGACUGCGGUUCGGUUCCCGACCAUUUGCUCUGUCUCUUCCCCUUUUCUAACCUUUUCUUGUCUGAUUACUAUGAAUAAAGACCACCAGAGUCACAAAAUCUCAGAUACGCUCUCCAUCCAGGCUGACCUAAUAAGUAAAUAAAUAAUAAAUACAAUGAUUAUCGCAUCAUGAAUAAGCUUCACAGAUCAUCUUAGAUUUAUACAAAAACACUUUCAACUGCAGGAACAGCUCAAGCUGUUAUGCUAAUAUUUAAAAAAAUAAUACUGCAAGGAAAAAAUAGCAGUAGUAAUAUUAAUGUUCUGCUAUAUGUCCCACUAAGUUCCCUGCUUUAACUGCAGCCCAGAAGGGAAGAGUAGUGAAAGUGUUGAUUGUUCUGCAGAGGUAAAAUGCUCUCAGGUGAGAUGCAGGCGACGCUGGAAGCAAUAAAGGUUCAGCCAGCGGGUCGAGGUGGAUUAAAAAUGAAUGUUGAAAUCUGGGUGCAGCAUGUGUCUGGUGUCCGUUCCUUUUUCAUGUCCUCCAAUAUGAAUGCAGCGCCUUUCAUCAAGACUGUCACCUGAGCAGCAAACAGGGGUCACCUUACCUGCUCUGUGGAAAAUGUUUGCAUAGACCAGAACAGAAAAACAAUAAGGGAUAAAAGCAAUUUAUCCACACAUUCAUAAAACAUACCACGCUGAGAUAUUUCCCUUGUUGCUCUGAAAGAUCAUGCAGCUGUACAGUGAGUUUUCCAGUCUCUCCCCUUCCAGUCCCACCCUAAUCUCCUCCCUCGCCUUUAAUAUCCUUCCCAAUCUUUUUCUUCCCUCAUUAAAAUCUGUCUUUUUUGGCCGAUGAUAAAAAGCUCGAGAGGAGACAAUUACCUCCCCGUGCACUGAUAUGUUCCCAAAAUAACUCCUCUCAAUCCAGGCCAAAGCUUCAAUCAGUCUUAAGUGGUUCCUCAGAGGAAAAAUCCAUGCCACAGUGUGCUAUAUAAGGUCUCCAAAACUGCUGAUGUCUGAGGAAAGAAGAGCUAGUUAGGCAUUUAUUUAAUCACAUCUAUAAAUCAGUGUGUGAGUCUUUAAUUGGUGUGCUAAAUGAUGCGUGACUGAAAAACUUUGAUUUUUCGAGCAAGGAGAAAUGUUACCUCUUGAAAUGAUUGUGAUGCAGAGUGCCUGCCGUAAGCUACUGUCAACAAUUUAAAAGAUUCAUAAAAUCUAAAUUUCUUAGCUCGCUGUAACAUUUGAGAUUGGGUCAUGUUUUACUGCUCAUUAGCAUCCACUUGCAGGCAGGAGACAAGAUGGCUGCUUAAUGAAAACAAAGUAUUCAUUAGCCAUCUGGACACAAGCUGGGGACUGAUCAUCCCUGGCCGGGACACCUGGAAGAGCGUGUAUGAUGUUGAAAGACCCGAAACACCCAAUGAUUCCAGAAACAUCACUGAUGACUUAUCCAGAUGCAUCAGUGGAUGGAUUCACACAUCAACCUGCAGUAGAAGAAACAAAUACAUUUCUUGGCUUCCAGAUUAAUUUGAAGCCAACUUGUAGUCCGAAAGGGUCAAAGAUUUCCACCAUUUUGAAACAACUCCAUCCUAGUAGUAUGUACAAUUAACACUUCAUGAACCCAUUGUCAAUUUUGCAUCAGUUAAUGAUAUUACUGUUAUUUAUAUUACAGUGGAUAUGAAGUAUUGAGGUUAUGGAUCACAGCAAGCUCUGAAUAGUGUGAUAUAUCUUAAUAUUCAUUAAUACAAACAUUGGAAGCCAUUUAGGCACUACACUGCAGAAACUAAUAUCUACAGUUUUUCACUCUUGAAGGUGCAACCAAUCAGCGCCAAGGAAAAUAAAUACCACACUUGGAUUUGCAAAUGCCAGCUAAUAUCAUGUCAAGUACCAUUAUUCGCAGGUAUUUCAACUUCCCAAUCUGCAUUUUCUUUUGCAUAUUUCAGAUAUGCUUUGCAAAAAUAUUUUAUAAAUAAUUGAGUUACAUUCCACAAUAAAAUCUUCAAUCUUACAAUAUGAAACAUGAUGUCAGAAAUCAAGAUAAAUACAUACUGAAGGUUAGAAAUAAGUUAAAAUUGUAUUUGGAUAAUUAUUUACUAUCAAAAGCCAAAAUUUAUUCCACUACCAGAGAUUUAUAAAAUAUGUAAGAUGUUUGAAAAUGAAAGACAGUUGUAAGCGCAGCACCACUUAGCUCAUCAGUAAUCAGAUUCUAAGUAAAUUUCUCUCUUGAUGUUGUCAUUAUACUAAAUCCAGACACCAAGAGAAUCAUCUACUUUAGGUAAGAUAUUAACUUCCUAUUAAUUUUUAACUAUUCCUUUAAAGUGUUACAGCAGAUUUUGGAUGGAAAAUGUCAGGAUUAAAAGAGCAGAAUAUUUGCUUUUUGCACUCAUUGCAUUUUGAGGUAUCAAACACAAUAACUCAUAAUCAGCAUCAAUUAUGUGAAGAACUCUGUGAAUGAUGCUUAUAUGGGAAUACAACUGAAAAGCAAAUAAGAUGCUUUCUCCUUGAAGAGAUGCAGCAGCAUCACUCAAAACCCAGGGUCAGAAGUCAAACUCUGCAAACUCUUUCAUUUCACAUUUUGUUUUGUAACAUCAAGAUCUCCAUGCAAUCUCAGCAGAACUCACUUGCAGGGAGUACAAGAAGCUAAAAAUAGCCCAUCAAGACCUGAUUAUGAGACUGGAGGACAGCAGUGUUUUCUUUUAGGCAUCCCCAAAAUAAAAAAAGAGGGAAAACGCUUAAGCUUACACAGCAAAUUAGUGAAUCAAGUACCUUUCCUGCUUGAGCCGACAUGUGGCUCCCCAGAAACAAGUUUACAAUCCACACCUUAACAUGUAAUCAUGAAGGGAUCAUUGUAGCAAGUGCAAUAACUUGAACUAUUUUAGCUAAUUUGCAUGAAAAAUAACCUAGGAACAUUAUACAAUUUGAGUUUUUUAAAGUCCUGGUAACAAUGUUCUUUUGGAGGAGAAGCAAAAGGUCACAGCAUCACUGCAAUAAACAAUGACCAUAACAUGUUUUUUGAGAUAUUUAUCCUUUAUUCAAGCCAGAACUACAUGACGUUUUGGUGUACAGCUAAAUUGUUGUCUCAGCUAGCUAUCAUGUUUCAGAUUUGAACGGAUCUAAAUAUAGAACAUAGUGGUUAAGCAAAAUAAUAAAAUAAGGAGAACUUACAAGGAGAAAAAGCAUAAAGAGAAGAAUAUGGGAUGCAGUAGUGAAUAGCAGAAUUGAACUGAGACAUAGAGAACUGCAUCCAAAUGUGCAAAGAAUGGAACUGUAGCUUUUAGUGAACUGCAAACAAUUAUGUUUGGGAAGGUAGGACAAAAAUCUUGAUUAUCUUUCCAGCUAAUCAAAUUCUGCAAGCUCUCUCAUAAUUUAUGCAACAUUAAGUUUUCUGUUCCAUCCCAAACAGGCCUCAUGUUCUGCCAGAGUUUCUUUGUAUGUCUUACUUGACAAAAUUGAGCCAACUUGAUAAUUGACAGAGCUGAUUAGUAAUUCAAACAAAUCCUUUAAGCAUCAGCUGUGAUGUUUCUCCAAGCUCCUGCCUUAUGCUUCUUAUCUGUAGAAGCAAUCACUGUUACAGAGCAGCAGGUCAGGACGGUGAAGGUAUUUGCAGCCUCCUAGACUAUGCUAAACUAGCAACGUUCUUCUUUUCAAUGCCAGAUUCUAUAUUCAAAGCAGACACAAAAUAUAAAAAAACUUCAGCUUUUUAAAUUAUUCAGGUAACAGUCCUGACUCUGUUUGUUCUCCUGAAAAUGUUUUUUUGUUUUUAUAUGAAAAUGCUUAGAUCUUUGGGAAUCUUGCAUGCUGUCAAGGAGUCUGAGUUGUGUAAAAUAAAAAUGCAGAAGAAAGCUUGUGUUAUCCAGCAGAGGGUGCAAGAACCUAUAAGAUAAAGCUUGCAGACUAUAUUUCAGAGUGCAAGAGUGAGCCUCGCUGUCCUCUGUGUCCCAUGAGUGAACUCAGAAACGUUUCAUGGUGGAAGGAACUGAAGAAAACACAAAAAUUGGAUAAACCAGGUAGAAAUAUAUGCCUGCUCACAAUGAAAAGCCCUAAAGUCAGAUUAAACAGCAUUUUCUCAAUUCCUCACUUUUACAUUUAUUCCUUCUGCAUUUGUAAGCGACGGCGUUUUAUUUUUUUUAACCUCGUUCUAUAUUUUGUUUUGUCUUUUUUUUCCUCGGGUCACCCCGACCUUGAUGAUGUCAGUCAAAGAAUCCACUAAAAGAAAUAAAAACCCAUCAUCACCACAAAGAGAAUGGAAACUAAAAGAGAGCGAGGGGCUUAAUCUCACCGCUGCACAUGUUCUCAGUGUGUCUGGAGUGUAACGGGCUAUUUUUAGACACUGUUGGAUAUUUUUAUAUCUGUGCUGCCAAAGAUGGAGGCAGAAAAUUUACCCUUCGGUGAAAUCCACAAAAUUAGGAUCAGAUCCCACACAUACACAAUUUACAGUUUGAAUUUCUGGUUAAUUUAAUUUAUGAAUGUUUGUGGCAAUCUGAAUCUAAAAUAAGAAACAAAAAGAGAUAUACUAAAAAAAGGACAAAAAUAGAGACACACUCAAUGAAAACCACAUCUAGGAUGAGGCUUGAUGUUUUGCUCAAAUGUAAUUUCAGUGGAUCAUUUGGAUAAAAGUGUGACGUCUCAGCCCAAGCAUGAGGAGAUGACGCAAAUGUGUUUUUUUUUCUUCAAAUGCCGUUUCUGAUGAUUGAAAUCCACAGAGGGAAGGAAUCCCAUGGUCACACUAUUUCGUCUCAGCAUCCAGAUGCACAGAGAAAUAUAAUUGCCUUCCUAGGAGGACAAAUAGACCUAAAAUACACAAUGUAAGGUGCAAAAUAUUUUCUCUUUGAAAAAAAACAACAAAGAACAAGGAGAAAAAAGCGUAAAGAGAAGAUUAAAGAGAAGAUUAAGGUGCAAAUAAUUAUUAUAAUUAUUUGUACCUUUCUUCUUUAUAACACAAAUUUAACAGCCAGUCAGUAAAUUGCAAUAAAAUGAAUUUUAUUGCAAUUUUUCUGCUUUUUAAUCCACCACCUUGCAAGUUAAAUUAAAAAAUAAUGGAGGCUCAUAUUCCAGCAGGUCAAUGACCUCAAAUAUACCAGCAGGGGUACAAUGGAUGGUUUAGGUUAAGAAAAAUUCACAUGCUACAAUGGCUCAGUCAAAGUUCAGACCUGAAUCAUACCAAAGCCAUAGCUAUAUUUGCCUUAAGAAUUUCUUCAUCCAUCUAAUUGAAUUUCGGUGUCACUUCCAUGACUUCAAGUGUGUAAAAUCUAAGACCUGGACAUGCAGACUGCCUCUAAACAUUUGGAAAAGAAUGGGUUGCUUUUCCAGGGUGGUGCAGUCAUAGGAUGUCUACCAGUCCAAAUAAAUAGAUUAAUAAGCUAAUAAAUUUAGCUAUGAAAUGUCCGCUUUUCUAAAUAUUCCACAGUGAAGUGUGGUGCUACUUGGUUCCUACAGAAAAUCAACCAAGUGGUAGAUAAAAUCCGAGAUCAGACGAAAAGGCAGCUUUCAGCAGAGUCGGUGGCUACAGGACUCAAAACUUCAUGCAGCCCAAGAACAUUGUGUAGAUAGUUUUAUGGAAUGGGUUUGCAGCUGCAUCCAAACCUUACAGCACCAGAUACAACACAAAGAGUCAAGUGUCAGAUGUGAAGCACUAAACCAGUGGGAACAGUAGAGACAUGGAGUGACAAACUUGCCCUUUGUCAAACCAAUGGACUAGUCUGAAUUUGUCAUUUUCCAGACUGCUCCAAGUUAAGGGUAAAUUUUGGUGCCGGGGAAUGAUUUGUGGGUUUUUUUAUUAACUUUUUUGGUUCCAGUGUAAGGGAAGUCCUAAUGCUGCAACAUUGCAACUUUGUUGGAACAGUUUGGGGUUUAUGUAUUAAUAUUUCAACAUGACCUUGUGGAUCAUUACACAAAGCAAGGUGGUGCACAAAGAAUUUGACUGGCCUCCACAGAGUCCUGACCCCAACUCAACAAAACCUCUUUGGGAUGAAUUGAAGUGGAGACUAUCAGCCAAACUUUCUUGUCCAACACCAGUGUUUGACCUCAAAAAUGUGCUUAUAAUAGAAUGGUCAAAAUUUCCCAUGAGCUCACUCCCAAACUUUGUAGAAAGUUUUCUUUCAGUUAUAACUGAAUGGAGUGGGAUAACAUCACUGUGAAUCGUAUUAAUUAAGGGAUGUAACUCAAGAUCAUUUAGGUAUGAAGGCAGACUAGCAAAUAUUUUGGCAGAACAAGAUUUUAGAUGUAGAAAGGUAGAAGAGACACACUCCAAAAGAUUAUAACUGAAGCAUAACGUAGUUCUCCAAAGUAUGUACUUAAGGAGAAUAAAUAAUAAUAAAUUCCAAAAGAGUUUCAUUUCCAUUCAUAGCUAAGCACUAUCUUGGUCUAUCACAUGAAAUCAAAGUAAAUACAUGAAAGACAUGAGAUGUAAAAAGUUGAAUGGCUGUAAAUACAUUUCCAAAGUGUUUUGUAAACUCAAAUUUCAAAUAUUUCUUCUUAUAGUGAGUGACCUAUUGUUUAUUUUCUGAUGCGCCUGCAACAUUUAAUGAAGUCUAUUAAAAGCAGCUUCUAAGUUAGAUCCUAGAAUCACUGUUUUUGCAGGAUGCUGUUACCAUGCUGUGUCUAAACAGUUAUGUAAGAUAGUAAUCAUGAUUUUCUGAGUUAGUGAGUGAGUAAAAUUCACCAAGGAGAAGAAAAAGAAAUACACAAAAGAAAUAAAGAGAGAGAGGGAAAUGAAGCCCGUGCAGACUGUGGUGUGACAUUAUAAGAGCUGACGGCUCCUGUAUCUGACGUCUGAUGUGUUCUGAAGUUCACAAUGAGCCUCCGGUGAGAGGCUGGAUGAAUCAUCUGCAGAGCAACAAAGAGGACGCUGAAUGGGAGCUUAGAUCUGAAAUGACUCCGGCGUGAAAGUGUUUAUUAGAACAGGAGCGAACAGACAAGGUCGAGCAGGAGAAGAGAAUAUAGGCGGCUGCAGUGACUGACGCUGGCAUUACCUGAGGAGUUGAGACUGUGGGAGAUGGCUUUAUAAAGAGAAGUUGCGUUUACUGCAUGUAAGAGGAGUUUGGACCUUCUCUACGCAAAAUAAAUCACAAGUUUGAAACUAGAAAGCUGAUUUAAGAUCAGUGAAAAGAAAAUUACAUAAGAGCAUGAUUUUCUUUAAAUUCAAAAGUUAAUUCAAAACUCAGUCUAGUCGUAAUUUCAACUCAUGUGUGAAACUUGAAAUCACAUAGUGAGUGCAUGAAAUACAAUACAUUAAUUGGUGCACCUUGCAGAGAUGUUCAAAAUGAAACCAACCUUUAAGCAGCAGCAUAAUAUGACUAAAUGUUUUACUUUGCCACAGUUUGUGUCACUUAAAACAUUUCCUAUAAAACGUAUAAUUUUUAUUACUUUUUAAGUUGAUCUUAGUACCUGAAAUUAUUUCAACAGUAAUCCACAACUGCUAAUUACAUAGCAUGAAUACGAGCAGACAGAGGCCCUUUUCCCUUUUCAAGCACAAAUAAAGAGAACAGGAUUUCUGUAAGGCAGAUAUUUACUAUUUGAUAGGAAUUAGGCUUGUAAAUAAAUACUCAGAAGAAUUUAAAGAAAGCUGUCAAUGAUUAUUAAAAUAAUUAAUAAUGAUGUGGUGAUUCUUAGGACAUCACCUGAAAAAGAAUCAGUAUUGGUAUUACUCUUUACAGAUACACAGACAUAAUAAUGUUGUAAGAAUUAUAAUUUAAACGUACGGUAAUUUAAAAGGUACUAAGCUUUUGGAUGAACUUAAGUCAUACUGUAUUUUCCUUAGGUUUCUUCAAAUGUAUCAUUAAACUUGUCCCCUUUCUUUUUAAUAAGAAGUAAUAAAUAAUAAUUAAAAAGGUCUUACUGAACAUAAUUAUACUGUUGUUCAGUAUGAUGCUGAUAAAGAGAUGUCUCCAUCUCCGUGGUCCGUCCUUGUUGUGUUCAUACUUAUACAGCAAAUAAGCAUGCUCCAGUCAGAUCUGUAGUUUUUCACUGAAGCAUCUCAGGGGAUGAUAUUGUUCUGGUUUAAACACUAUUUUCUCAGAAGAGCAGAAGAAGGUCCUAUCAGUCAGGUACCGCUGAUAAUAUUUAUAUUUAACAAAACCUGUUGACGAACUAUAGAAGAAUUAAUCCUUAAGCUUGUACCUUUUUCUCCUUGACUCAAUGAAAGAAGUGAAAACAAAAACUUCUCCAAACUGUAGCAAGAGCUGAGAAAAAAGAUUAAAGAUGCUUGAAAUCCCCAUUUACUUGAAGAUUGAGAAGGAAAUGUUUCCUCUUUGAAGAAGUAAGUAGAACAUAUGUAACAAAAGUAUUUCUGCCAAACACAGAGAAAGAAAAUGAAAAGCAAACAUCUGGCAGACUCUGAUCAAACCUCUCUGUACCUGAAAGAAAGAUAACCUCACUUAUUGCUACUGGCAAUACGCUGCCCUCUUGUGUGCAAAUUAUCCAAUCUCACAGACACGAAUAACACUCUUCUUUUUCUGUGCAACAUAAUAUUCUGAGAGAAGGAAUUUUUAGUAGACAAGCCAUCAAAUCAAAUACUAAAAUGUAAAAAAAAGAAAAAGUCAAAUGAGGAUUAAAUCCCUAAAAUAAUUUAAAGUUUCAUGUGAAGGAAUUGAAAAAGAAGCCACAGUACAAACACAAUCUUUACAAGACCUUCUGGAGACUGAAAAUCCUUAAACCUUUCAAGAAAGUCUCGUAUCAUAAUCACUGAAUAAAAUAAAAAGCUUUUUGGAUCAUAAUAAAUAAGUUAUGCUGAACUAAUACCUGUAAGUUACGGCACCAAAAGACAUUCUGGAAACUAAAACAACAUAAAUUUUGUCAUCAAAACUGUAAUUUAUUUUUCCAUUCAAAGUUGCAUUGGAAUAAAUAUUCUGUUUUUACAUUUACUCCUUUGAACUGCUGUUUUUAGAGAUGCUCUAUAUAUUCAGCGUUUAUCCUCUGUGGCAAAUGUGUGUGUGUGUGUGUGUGUGAAUGUGUGGAAGACAAACUGCCGGCGAGCAUUUCUUUCCGUCUGUGUGUGUUUGCGUUUGCACGUGCUGCUCCGCUCCUCUCUCCGUCAGGGUAAUUCGGCAUCCGUGUGUAAUUUCUUUACCAUUUUGGCUUUGAUCUGAAUCCGAGCCCUGAAGCUUAUCAUGACUUUGUGUUGCUUCCAUGUAGUCGGGGAUGGAUGCUGGGGGUAGAAAAGGGGUGGAGAAAAGAGACAGAGAGAGAGAGAGUUUUAUUUUUAGCUUCCUAGCCCCACAUCCAAGUGUGUUUAAUCAAGUGUGUGUUUGUGUGUUUGGAUUAGUGUCUUUAGCCUCUUGGUCAGAAGAAGGUAAUAUGCUUGUCCGAAAGAACUUUGUCAGGCACAUUUAUACAAAGAUGGUUUAAAAGUGUGGAGUUAGCAGGAGUUUGGGAGGCGGAUGGUGGGGUGUGCGGGAAAAAGAGCAAGACUGACGGACACACAGUGAGAGACAGCGAGGGUAGAGGGGAGGGAGGGAAGACACUGUAGGAGAGAGGAUGGAAUGAAUAAGCAAUCCUGCUUUUCCACUUCAGGCACUCGCAUCUUCCACAGAUCACAUGCAUGCUUCCUCUCCCUGAUAAUCUUUGUUCUCCUAACCUGUCCUUUAUUUUGUCUCAGCCUCCGUCUCCUUGUACCGUCCAGCAGGUCCUCCUUUGUCCUUCUCCUCGUAUUUCCUCUCUCUUUCCCCAAAUGUCCCUUUAUGUCAGUCAGUAACCCACUGAACCUUUUUCCCCUUUCUGAUCCUUCUACUCCAAUGCAUGCCUUGACACCCAUCCAAACAUGCAUGCAGACAAGUGCACUCACAAUCAGACAUAGUAGCACAGUUAGAGGUAAAACAUAAAGGACAGGGAGAUUUUGUUGCCUUUUUUGUUUUCUUUUUGCAAUGGGAAACUCUGUAAAGUCACUAAAAAAUUUCACCAAGAAGGACAAGAAGAAGAACUACAAAGCAGUGCAGUCCAGUGAGGAGGGGGGAUCUGGGGGUGGGCAUCUUGAGCCACUAGUAGCCCUGGCCCAGAACGGAGCCAACAUGCACAACGUGCUGGGGCCUGCAUGCAUCUUUCUACGCAAGGGCUUCGCUGAGAGCCGACUGGCUGACCGAGAGCUGAGGCCAGAAGAGCUGGAUGAGUUGCGUGAAGCAUUCAAGGAGUUUGACAAAGAUAAAGAUGGAUUCAUUGGCUGCAAAGACUUGGGGAACUGCAUGCGGACGAUGGGAUACAUGCCAACAGAGAUGGAGCUGAUAGAACUGAGCCAGCAGAUCAACAUGAACCUGGGAGGACAUGUUGACUUUGAGGACUUUGUUGAACUUAUGGGGCCCAAACUUCUGGCUGAAACAGCCGACAUGAUAGGAGUAAAGGAGCUGAGGGAUGCCUUUAAGGAGUUUGACACUAAUGGUGACGGCCAGAUCAGCACAGCCGAACUCAGAGAAGCAAUGAAAAAACUGUUAGGACAGCAGGUUGGACACAGAGAUCUGGAGGAAAUCCUACGUGACAUUGACCUAAACGGAGAUGGACAUGUAGACUUUGAAGAAUUUGUUCGAAUGAUGUCCCGAUAAGUUCCUGCCAGAGAGCUGCAACGUUGUAUUGGAUGUGGAUUCUCAGCUGGCGGAGCGUGGAGAGAGUCUGGCGACGGAAACCGAAUUUCUCUGAACUGUGAAGACGGCAAAAACAUAUCAACCUUGCCCCAAAACUGCCUCGCUGAACGGCUGACGAGUCCAGCCGGGAGCCUCACUGUUACCAACACACUGCUGCUGUUCCUCCGAGCAUAAACAAAACCAACGGCUGCACUCGUGACUUUUCCAGAGUACAUUUUUAAAACAUGAUUUCCUUUAAUAAUUGCAACAUUUCUAUGCGUUUACCGACCCAAUGGGUAAUGGCGGAUGUGAUGUUUGAGAUAUUUUCUGUAAACACCAACAGCCGCUUAUUAGACUGUAGCAAUUAAGAGUAAUUAUAUUUAAUACAGCAGUGAAGUGCAGUGAAAUCUGUUUAAAUGCAGAAGUUAUAUGAAGCACAGAUACAAAAAGCAAUAUAGAAACAUUCCAUGUCAUCUCAUCGUGUCUGCGUGUGCGUUUUGUGUAUUGUUGGUGUUUAAUGUUGAUACAGACUAUAGAAAAAUCAGCAUAAGACAAAAAAAAAUUUGUUUGCUAAGUAUGUAUAAUGUAGCACUGACUUUUCUGUGACAUACAUGUGCAAUUUCUAGUGUGCAGAAGAUACUCAUUUAACUGCAAUCCUGUAAGAAAAUCAUUAGUACCAGAAUAAGCUUUUGAUUAUUUCUAUGUUUGGUUAUUACUUGCAUGAAUAACACUGAAGUAUGUGAUCAGAACAUUGUCACUAAUCGGUCACUGAGGAAGUCAGCAGAUUAGUUGAUAAGAGAUGGUUUUAGAUGUCAUGAAAAUGUUUUGGGGAUUUUGUAAGUUCUUACUUUGAAAGCCAAAAUGUUCCCUUUCAGUGCAACAUUUGUCAGCAUUAUAUACCUCAAAGUGAGCUGAAACAUAAAUGUCCUUCAUUCUCCUUCCUAAACACACCCCAAUCUCUGAAACCUGUUACUACUUUAUCAGUAAAUAUAAGGAAGCAAAGUGAGCUUCUUAUGCAAAAAGCCAAAGAACGUUUACAAAACCUGAUUUAGUUUAUUAAGUAAAGCUGAGAGCUUUGACUGUUCAAGAAUAAACAUGAGAAUAUGCAUGUUUUUUGAUCUUGAUAUAUUUGAAAAGGGAAAUCCAACUUUGUGAUUUUUAUGUCUUAACUGUGUGAAACUAUGCAUGACAGAAAACUACUACAAUUUGUAGCAGAAUAUUUAAAAAUAAAGAUAUUUCAAUUGGAAAAUG